AGACUAGUUAGAAAGGUCGAAUGUUUAGUUAAUAAAGAAUGACAUUAUCGUUAAUAUGUCGUAAAUUACGCCUAAAUAUUCGACGUUAAAACUAAGCAGAUCAAUGCUAGUUGAAUUGAUAUAAAUAAUAGAUAAGGGUGUGUAUAAAAUAUUUUAGCUCGUAGAUGUCGCUUUUAUCAGGCGCUUACUUUCAUUUCGAUCCAUCGGAUAGGCAAUGGGAAAAUUACUGCUUGGAAUCGAUAUUGGGACAACUUCCGUUAAAACUGUUCUGGUUGAUGGAACGACUGGAGAAUUAAUUAAAAGUCAGUCGAGAGAGACGCAAGCAACCAAGAAUACAUCUAUUGCGGGAGGUAAUGAACAAGACGUCUCUAAGAUUCUUACUGCUCUGCAAUUCUGUCUUAGUACUUUACCGAAGGAGAAGCUACUAAAUGUUUAUAAAAUAGGCGUUGCUGGUCAAAUGCAUGGUGUUGUACUUUGGAAAAGUGACACUUCUUGGUCUCGAAACUCUUACGGAAGAUUUGAGCUAUCUUCUAACAAUGUUUCUUCUCUAUACACUUGGCAAGAUACUAGAGCUGGACCAGAUUUUUUAGCAUCAUUACCGAGGCCCGAUUCCCAUCUAGGCCUAUCGACCGGUUACGGUUGUGUAACGUUACUCUGGUUGAAGGAAAACAGAGUAAAUUGUUUGGAAAAUUACGAUUGCGCCGGAACUGUACAGGAUAUGGUAGUUUGCAUGUUAACAGAUUUGAAAAGACCAGUAACUUCAACUCAUAACGCUGCCUCUUGGGGUUAUUAUAAUGCAGUCGGCAAACAGUGGAAUAGUGAUAUAUUAAAGCGGCAAGGAUUACGGGAGGAGCUCCUACCGGAUGUCAAGGAAGCUGGAGAGGAAGCUGGAAAACUUUGCUGCAAUUGGUACGAAAUCCCCGAAAAUACUCCUGUUGGGGUAGCGAUGGGCGAUCUCCAAUGCUCAAUUAGGGCAAGAUUAUCGAAGCGGUCGGAUGCGGUUCUAAAUAUAAGUACAUCCGCUCAGUUGGCUUUCGAAAUGCACGAUGGGUUCGAACCCUCAGUGAAGAAGGAAGAACUCACAUCGACAGUAGAUUAUCUACCGUAUUUUGGUUCGAGAUACGUUGCUGUUGCGGCGUCGCUUAGUGGAGGAAAUGUCAUGGCGGCGUUUGUUAGGACACUGCAGCAGUGGACACACGAAUUAGGCGUAAGCGUUCCCCAGGCGAAGAUCUGGACAACCCUUUUGUCUCAAACACCCCGCGAAAGUGAUUUAACUGUCGUUCCAACACUCUUUGGAGAAAGGCAUUCACCGUCAGUUCGUGCCAAGGUAGAUAAUAUUACAACGGAUAACACUAGUUUGUCAUCGGUCUUCUCAGCAAUCUGUAAGGGCGUCGUUUGUAAUUUGCAUUCGAUGAUGCCCAGGCACGUUCUUCUAGCAGCAGCCGUUAAGCGAAUAGUUGGGUCGGGAUCCGUGUUAGCUCGAAAUCAUCUAGUUAGGCAAUACGUUGAGGGAAUCUAUCAACUACCUCUCGUCAUAUCUUCGGAUACCCAGGCAGACGCAGCAGUUGGUGCUGCUUACGCCGUUGGCAAUUUCUACGCUAAUUAAGACGAAAUAAACACAAGAACGAUGUAUAGAAGAUAGCCAAUUCGAUAAUCGCUCUUCUACUUCACUCGUCGAAUAAUCGAUGUUUCUCCCAUUUAAAUUAACGAAGGUAGAAGACCAAACUUCUCUUAUUAAUUAUUGGUUUUUGAGAAAAGAAAACAUAUACUCAUAACCUCUUUAUCUUUUAACCUAUUAAUGAGCUUUUUGCGGCUUUUACGAGUGCUCUGUAAACUCGGGGAUUAUGUAAAAGAAAUUGAUAAGAUUAGUAUUGCUGACGUUCCUUACAGGCGUCUCUGUUGCUACUGCCAUCUGUUUCUUUCUUGGCGUUAAAAAAAAACAAUGCACUCUAUUUUUUUUGUUUUAUUUUGCUUAAUAAAACUAUAGUCUGCAUUUAGGUCAUAUUUUAAUCUUCAUAAAACAACGGAUAAUUCCCAGAUAGAUUUUUGUUUGGGUUACAAAAUACGAUUGUAAAUAUUUAUAGUAGAAAGUUAUUUCCAUUCAAUACUUUUAACAAUCGUCCUUGACAAUCACUUAAAAAAAACGUUCAAAAUUGAUAAGAACCUAACAGAAAACAAUAUCCAUUCAAUAAUUAAAAGUAAUAAUAUUAAAAAAA